GUUAAUGUUAUGCAUGGUUAAAAACUACAAAUGGCCACCUGUGAUGACGUCAUAAAAGAGCGUCAGGCUCAGGUAGUCCAGGUGACGUUGAUUGCUAUGUGGAUGCCCAUGCUGGGAGUUUGGUGAUUCCAAAUAAACUAAUCACGAUGAUACAGUUUGACUCAGCGCACUCUUUCAAUAACACGACAUGGUGUCAGGAGUGCUGUAAAUCAUCGUGAGGCUGCAACUUCAUUCGGCUACUGGAGACAUGGCUGAGGACGACGUACAGAGAGUUGGUUCUGUUGGUCCGUCUGCAACGUUCAGCAUCCAGCCGCCAGAGUCUUUCGACUUCACAAAGCCACAGGAGUGGGCCAAGUGGAUACGACGAUUCGAACGGUUUCGUCUGGCAAGUAACUUGAACUCUAGUUCGGAGGAGAAUCAAGUUAAUACGCUUAUUUAUUGCAUGGGAGACGAAGCGGAUGAUGUUCUGCGGGGAUUAGCGUUACCAGACGCUGACAGAAACACGUAUCAAGGAGUUCGUGAUGGUUUCCAAGCCUUCUUCGUUGUCAAGAAAAAUGUCAUUUAUGAGCGAGCCAGGUUUAACAUGCGCAAACAAGAGGAGCAUGAAACCGUAGAUGCCUUUGUUACUUCACUGUAUGCGCUAGCAGAACAUUGUAGUUAUGGAGCGCUACAUGAUGAACUGAUUCGUGACAGAUUGGUGGUGGGUCUUCAGGAUAAAAGGUUAUCUGAACGUAUGCAGCUCGACCCAGAUUUGACACUGGAAAAGGCUAUUAAUUCAGCAAGACAAAGUGAAGAGGUGAAACGGCAGCAAUCCUGUCUGCGAACUGAUACCAGAUCAGAGACUGAAAAUGGAAAAUCUGUUGACAGAGUGUAUAAAAGCAGUGGUAAGCAUCCUAAGUCUAAAUAUCAAUCCAAGCCGCACACUUCUGCGACUAAUAAAAGGGAGAUUUCUCAGUGUUUUAAGUGUGGCAGCUCUCCAUCCCAUCCCAAACGUGACUGUCCAGCGAAUGGGGAGAAAUGUCAUUUAUGUGGAAAAAAGGGACAUUAUAAGAGGGUGUGUAGAACGCUCAAGACUGUACAUGCUGUUGAAAGAGACAAUGAAUUUUUGUUUUUAGGCAGCAUUACAAAUGGGGAUGAACCUUGGAGAGUGGAUGUUGAAAUAAAUAACAGAAACGUCUCAUUCAAGAUUGACACUGGUGCCGAUGUUACGGUUCUGCCAUAUGCCAUGUUUAAAGACAUCUACAGAAACACAAGUCCCCCCAUUCUGAAGAAAGCCACUAGACAACUGCUGGGACCCGGGAGACAUGCACUGAACAUUGUGGGGGUUGCUGAGAUGUUAAUGAAAAAAGGAGAUAUAGGAAAGUGUGUACAUUAUGAAACACCUGCAAACUGCACUUUUGGGUAGACCAGCCAUUCAGAAACUGGAGCUUGUAGCUAGAUUAAAUGAGAACUGCUGAAACAUUAAAAACUAGCUAUCCAAAGCUAUGCAGUGGUCUGGGAGAGGUGAGACAGCCUUAUGCCAUCAAACUGAAAGCAGGAGCUCAACCAUUCUCAUUAAAGACACCCAGAAGGAUUCCACUUCCUUUGAUGGACAAAGUCAAGCAAGAACUGUCCCGUACGGAAAAUUUGGGUGUGAUCAGCAGAAUUGAGGAGCCAACUAAG